AUGAUCAGCUUCAGAAGUAUCCUGAAGAUACCCCAGUUCCUCAAAUUUUUAAUUACUGUGUUCUUUGAGACUUUCAUGUCAUUCAUACGUACUCCAUGCAAAAAAAGUCUUGCUGGGGAAAUAGUUCUUGUUACUGGUUCUGCAAAGGGGAUUGGAAGGCAGAUUGCCUUAAAGUUUGCCUCUCUGGGAACAACCUUGGUUCUGUGGGACAUUGAUGAAGAAGGCAACAAAGAGACAAGUGUGUUAGCCCAAGAGAAAGGCGCCAAAGGAGUGUUUGCCUACAAGUGUGACUGCAGCAAAAGAGAAGAGGUCUAUGAAMAGGCAGAAAAGGUUAGAAAGGAAGUUGGGGAUGUUAGCAUCCUGGUAAAUAAUGCGGGUAUAUUUACUGGGAAAACCUUCUUGGACAUGUCGGGAGCCGAAUUUGAAAAGACCAUAAGAGUUAACUUCCUGAGUCAAGCCUGGACUUGCAAAGCCUUCCUCCCAGCCAUGAUUGCCUGCAAUCAUGGACACCUGAUUAAUAUGUCAAGUGCAACAGCACUUUUCGGCUCCUACAAAACAUCAGAUUAUUCUGCAAGCAAAUUUGCAAUUGUUGGAAUGAUGGAAUCUAUAGAUGAUGAACUUUAUCGGGCAGGAAAAGACGGCAUUAAAACCACAAUCGUCUGCCCUUCUUUUGUAAAUACUGAUUUAGUCAGAGGUAUUCAAAGCUACAACCAACUUUUUCUUCCUGUCUAUGAAGCAGAUUAUGUAGCUAGCAGGAUUGUGGAUGCAGUUCAAAAGGAGAAGUUUUAUCUAUUUAUGCCUCCAACGCUUCUCACAAUUGCUUUCAAAUAUUUCUUUCCCAGGAAAGUUGUACUGCUCUUCCUAUCUUACCUUAAGCUCGCCAAAAGCUUGGAUGAAGUGACUGCUCAGAAGAAAAAGGCUUGA